UGAUUGUGACAGUGGAGCCCAGUUUGCUCUGCAGGAUCCAGAGAUGACAUCAGUGAAGCUGGAAGACUGCAGUCAAACACUGGAGCUGAAUGUCAACAUUAAAGAUGAAGAAGAGGAGGAGAAGAUUAGGACAACUGUUAGUCAUGACAGACUCAGAUUAAGUCUGAGGCCGGUAACAUCAACAGUGAGGACAAACCAAUCCUGUCACUCUCCUUCCACACUGAGUCCAAACCUACAGUCACUGGGUCCUGAUUGUGACAGUGGAGCCCAGUUUGCUCUGCAGGAUCCAGAGAUGACAUCAGUGAAGCUGGAAGACUGCAGUCAAACACUGAAGCUGAAUGUCAUCAUUAAAGAUGAAGAAGAGGAGGAGGAGAUUGGUACAUCUGUUAGUCAUGACCGACUCAGAUUAAGUCUGAGGCCGGUAACAUCAACAGUGAGGACAAACCAAUCCUUUCACUCUCCUUCCACACUGAGUCCAAACCUACAGUCACUGGGUCCUGAUUGUGACAGUGGAGCCCAGUUUGCUCUGCAGGAUCCAGAGAUGACAUCAGUGAAGCUGGAAGACUGCAGUCAAACACUGAAGCUGAAUGUCAUCAUUAAAGAUGAAGAAGAGGAGGAGGAGAUUGGUACAUCUGUUAGUCAUGACCGACUCAGAUUAAGUCUGAGGCCGUUAACGUCAACAGUGAGGACAAACCCAGCCUGUCUCUCUCCUUCCACACUGAGUAGAAACCUACAGUCACUGGGUCCUGAUUGUGACAGUGGAGCCCAGUUUGUACUGCAGGAUCCAGAGAUGGCAUCAGUGAAGAUGGAAGACUGCAGUCAAACACUGGAGCUGAAUGUCAACAUUAAAGAUGAAGAAGAAGAGGAGGAGAAGAUUAGGACAACUGUUAGUCAUGGACGACUUGAAUUAAGUCUGAGGCCGGUAACAUCAACAGUGAGGACAAACCCAGCCUGCCUCUCUCCUUCCACACUGAGUCCAAACCGACAGUCACUGGGUCCUGAUUGUGAUAGUGGAGCCCAGUUUGCACUGCAGGAUCCAGAGAUGGCAUCAGUGAAGGUGGAAGACAGCAGUCAAACACUGGAGCUGAAUGUCAACAUUAAAGAUGAAGAAGAGGAGGAGAAGAUUGGGACAACUCUUAGUCAUGGAGACCGUGUUGAGACAUUCCCUACAUCCAGAGUGACACAGCAGGAAGAUCACAGACCUAAGAGGUCUCACCACUGCCCACAUUGUGAGGAGAAUUUUCCAAUUCUAUCAAAGCUAAAAGUACACUUAAAAAUACACACAGGAGACAAUCUGUAUUCCUGUACUGACUGUAGGAAGAGAUUCACAACAUCAAGGGCUCUGACACUUCAUCAGAGAGUGCACACAGGAGAGAAGCCUUACUCCUGCUCGUACUGUGGAAAAUGCUUCACAACAUCGUCUGAGUUAACAGUUCAUCAGAGAACACACACUGGAGAAAAGCCUUAUAUCUGCUCUGACUGUGGGAAGAGUUUUUCUCACCUGUGUAACUUUAAAGCACACCAACGUAUACAUGCAGGAGAGAAGCCGUUCUCCUGCUCUGACUGUGGGAAGAGUUUCUCUCAACAGAACCAUUUAAAAUCACACCAACGUAUACACACAGGAGAGAAGCCUUACUUCUGCUCUGACUGUAGGAAGAGUUUCUCCCACCUGUGUAACUUUAAAGCACACCAACGUAUACAUGCAGGAGAGAAGCCGUUCUCCUGCUCUGAGUGUGGGAAGAGUUUCUCUCAACAGAACCAUUUAAAAUCACACCAACGUAUACACACAGGAGAGAAGCCUUACUACUGCUCUGACUGUGGGAAGAGUUUCUCUCGAUUGGAUACUUUAAAAUCACAUGAACGUAUACAUACAGGAAAGAAGCGUUACUACUGCUCCGACUGUAGGAAGAGUUUCUCCCACCAGGGUAGCUUAAAAAAACACCAAUGUAUACACACAGGAGAGAAGCCUUACUCCUGCUGUGACUGUGGAAAAUGCUUCACAACAUCAUUUGAUCUAAAAGUUCAUCUGAGAACACACACUGGAGAAAAGCCUUACAUAUGCUCUGACUGUGGGAAGAGUUUCUCUCAACAGAGCAACUUAAAAACACACGAACGUAUGCAUAAAGGAGAGAAGCCUUACUACUGCUCUGUGUGUGGGAAGAGUUUCUCUCAACAGAGCAACUUAAAAACACAUGAACGUAUGCAUAAAGGAGAGAAGCCUUACUACUGCUCUGUCUGUGGGAAGAGUUUCUCUCAACAGAGCAACUUAAAAACACACCAACGUAUACACACAGGAGAGAAGCCUUACUCCUGCUGUGACUGUGGAAAAUGCUUCACAACCUCAUCUGAGCUAACAGUUCACCAACGUAUACAUACAGGAGAGAAGCCGUACUCCUGCUCUGACUGUGGAAAGAACUUCUCCCGAUGGGGUAGCUUUAAAGCACACCAACGUAUACAUACCGGAGAGAAGCCGUACUCCUGUUCUGACUGUGAGAAGAGUUUCUCCCGAUGGGGUACCUUAAAAUCGCAUGAACGUAUACAUACAGGAAAGAAGCCUUACCACUGCUCCAACUGUGGGAAGAGUUUCUCCCAACGGAACCAUUUAAAAUCACAUGAACGUCUUCACAUAGAAAAGAAGGCACACUCCUGCUCUGACUGUAGAAAAUGCUUCACAACAUCAUAUGAUCUAAAAGUUCAUCAGAGAACACACACUGGAGAAAAGCCUUAUGUCUGCUCUGACUGUGGGAAGAGUUUCUAUCAACAGAGCAGCUUCAAGAAACACCAACGUCUACACACAGGAGAGAAGCCUUACUCCUGCUCUGACUGUGGAAAAUGCUUCACAACAUCAUCUGAUCUAAAAGUUCACCAGAGAACACACACUGGAGAAAAGCCUUAUGUCUGCUCUGACUGUGGGAAGAGUUUCUCUCAACAGAGCAGCUUCAAGAAACACCAACGUUUACACACAGGAGAGAAGCCUUACUCCUGCUCUGACUGUGGAAAAUGCUUCACAACAUCAUCUGAUCUAAAAGUUCACCAGAGAACACACACUGGAGAAAAGCCUUAUGUCUGCUCUGACUGUGGGAAGAGUUUCUCUCAACAGAGCAGCUUCAAGAAACACCAACGUUUACACACUGGAGAAAAGCCUUACAUCUGCUCUGACUGUGGGAAGAGGUUCUCUCAACAGAACCAUUUAAACACACAUCAACGUAUUCACACAGGAGAGAAGCCAUACUACUGCUCUGUCUGUGGGAAGAGUUUCUCUCAACAGAGCAACUUAAAAACACACCAACGUAUACAUAAAGGAGAGAAGACUCAUCAGUUCUCUCAGACCAGCUAAGAUUAAAAUUAGGUGAUGGAGUGAUUUUAAUUUCAUUGCUUUACUUGGACUGAAAUAGGUGAUUUUAAUCUCAUUGCUUGACUUGGACUGAAAUAGGUGAUUUUAAUCUCAUUGUUUGACUUGGACUGAAAUAGGUGCCGGAACUCAUUUUAGAGGAAACCCUUUUGGACAAUCAGAACCUUACAAAUGGAAAGGCCGCACACCCUUCCUAAGAAGGUCUGGUUCCGACAGAUAACCAGCGAACGAAGGCAUUCACACUCUGGGUGCAAUCCGGCUACCGAAAGCGCACACAGUGAGCGACGUCAUCAGCACUCCCACAAGUCUCCAGAAAACUUGUUUUGUGACCGAGAAGCUCCUUUUUCAGUAUAACGUUGGAGGAAAUACGUUCCUAGUAUGUGAGGAAUUUGUUUGCUGGCCUCAUGAAUACUAGUCAAUUAGCUAAUAUUUAGGGGGAAAAAAUGUUUUUUGUUUGGCUAGUUAUGCUAACCCGUUUGCAAUCUCUUUUAGCAUUGCUUGCUAGCUACAGAGGCUAGUUAGCUACAGUAGUUAGCAACUGCUAUCAGUUGUGUUAUUGUCACAUGUUGCCUUUUCCACCGUUUUAAAAUGCAUACUGGCAUUUGUGCGGGAAACCGAACACUUACAUGAAGGUUAAAUAAAAAAUGCACAUGGGAAAUCCUGUACAUUAGAUGUCUGAAUACAUUUUAAAAAAUAAAUAAUUUUCUCUUGCCUUUUUUAGCAGCCGCUACAAAGUUUAGUGGUGGACAGAUGGGGCGCUCUCCUGUUGCCUGGCCAGCUUUCAGGUGCCUGUAAAAACAUUUUGAUAGACAGCUAUCUCCCGCUCUCCAUUGCCCCAGGACAUGUUGAGACUUGACAGUUCAUGCAGCUUUUAGUAGUCCCUACGUGACUCCCAAUCACAGCCGGAUGUGAUGCAGCAUGGAUUCGAACCAGGUACUGCAGUGACACCUCUUGCACUGAGUUGCAGUGUCUUAGACCGCUGCACCACUCGGGAUGGAAGUCACUUACCUGUCAUUAACUGUUGUAGCGGAUGUUGAUUGUAGCAACCCAUUAUUGACUGACAGGUUCAGGUUGUCUCACUACACUGUACAAAAAUAUAAAAUGCCACAUGUAAAGUGUUGGUCCCAUGUUUCAUGAGCUGAAAU